CACUAGUGUUGUAGUACAGCGUGGAAAGGACGGGACCGCCGCUCGGUUGGAGGUGGAAGAUGAUCAACGCCACUUGUCAAGAAUAGAGAUUCAGAUCUGAUAGUGGAGGAAUCUGUCUGCAGCCUGCAUCUGUCCUCUUCAACAAGUUCAUUCCUGACGCAGUCUAGACACAAUGAAGGUCUUGCCAAGGGUUUAAAAGUACAGCAGUUAACCACGUCCAUCAAAUGAUUAAACUCCUGAGAAGCCAUAAACUCAGAUCCCUUUGAGCCUGACACCAGAGAGAGCGUGCGAGAGAGACUGAAAGGAUGGCUGCGUUCAAGAAUAACUUCUGGGGGGAGAAGAAUGCAGGCUUCGAUGUGCUCUACCACAACAUGAAACAUGGCCAGAUUGCCACCAAGGAGCUGGCAGAGUUUGUUCGGGAGAGGGCUGCCAUCGAGGAGACCUACUCGAAGUCCAUGAGCAAGCUGGCUAAGAUGGCCAGCAGUGGAAGUCCCCUGGGUACGUUUGCCCCUCUGUGGGAUGUGUUUCGAGUGUCGUCUGAUAAGUUGGCUCUGUGCCACCUAGAGCUAAUGAGGAAGAUGAAUGACCUCAUCCGGGACAUCAACAAGUACGGAGACGAGCAGGUCAAAAUCCACCGCAAGACUAAAGAGGAAGUAGUGGGCACGUUGGAGGCGGUCCAGGCACUGCAGGUGCAGAGUGGUCAGCUACAGAAGGCCAGAGAGGCCCAUCACGCACGCUACCUGGAGAUGGACCGACUACGCAAGGAGAGUGCACCGCAGAAAGAGCUGGAGAAGGCGGAGCAGAAGUCAAAGAAGGCAGCGGAGGUGUUUGCCGGUGCGAUUGAGAAGUUCAACCGCGUGGGUGGCGACUUUGAGCAGAAGAUGUGUGACUCAGCGCAGAAGUUUCAGGACAUCGAGGAGGCCCACCUGAAGCAGAUGAAGCAGCUGAUUAAGGGUUAUUCCCAUUCGAUAGAGGACACACACGUGCAGGUCGGACAGGUCCAUGAGGAGUUUAAGCAGAACCUGGAGAACAUUGGCAUUGAGAACCUAGUCCAGAAGUUCACAGACCAGAAGGGCACAGGGAAGGAGAGGCCAGCUCCAGUUUGUUUUGAGGAGUACCUGACGUCGACGGUGCCAACUGAUGUUGGAAAGAAGAGUCGAGGGAAAGCGUUCCGCAUCCCGGGGCUCGGCAAGAGAGACAAGGAGCCUGACUCGACGGAUUCUGCCGUCACUGAAGCUCCAAACUCUCCUCUGGAGGUGGAUGACGAGGGCUUUGUGAUCAGAGCUGAUGGCAGACACAAUGGCUGCGCCGAUGACAAGGACAGCAAAUUCUACUCCAGCGACUCGGACUUCGACGACGACGAGCCCAAGAAGUUCCACAUCCAGAUCCGACCUGUGGCCACCAGUAACCGUGGCAACACAGCAGCCCACGAACUGGAGCUCAAGGCCACGGUGGGGGCACUGUCUCUGCCCCCCACCACCGGGGUGUCAGUGAAACGACAUCUCUCUCGGAACUCCAGCACGACUGGCGGACGCUCAGAGGGGGAGGGAGACGUGCACCCACAUAGGGAGGGGGAGCAGAGAGGUCUCCGCAGAUCCACCUCUAGUCCUGACCCCAGCAGGUUGACCUCCGCAGUGACUGGUCCUGACGCCCUGUUUGGACCCCCCCUCGAGGCCUUCAAGUCCAGCAGCUUUGCAGGUCAAGACCAGCUGCGCGGCGGCUUUGGAGCAUCUGAAUACGCUGCGUUCUCCUCAGACUCUUCCUCUCCCGAGAACGUGGAGGACUCUGGCCUGGACUCGCCUUCCCAUCAGCCCCUGGGGCCGUCCCCGGAGCCUAGUGGUUGGGCAGCGUGGCCGCCGCCGACCGCCGCUCCGUCCACCAAAGAGGCGUCGUCUCUGCGCCGCCCUCCCGACCCCUUCCUGUCCGCCUUCCGAGACCCCUCUCCCGCGCGGCCCCCCCUCACGCCGGACGAGGUGUGUGCGUGGGGGGGCCCCGGGCACUCGCCCUGCGUUCCGCCCGAGGUGGAGAGUGGUGGAGGGGGGGGCAGUGCCUUCUGCUUCCCGCCGAUCUUGCGCUCGCAGGCGCUGCCGGACGUGGAGGCCACGGUGUGGAACUGCAAGCACCUCCCGCAGGAGGACCCCUUCCUGGCUGCGUUUGAGCCACCCGCCCACCAGGAGGCGCUAGCGCUCCCACAGCAGGACGCUUGGGCCCCCGCCGCGCACCCCCACCCCUUCCGAAAGAGCCACGGCCCAGACCCCUUCUCAGUCCCCCUCGGCAAGGACAACACCAAGACUCUUCCUCCCCCUUCCUCCUCCUCCUCCUCCGCCCGCAAGGAUAGGAAACGAGACCGCAGUGUCCCGCCCCCUCUGGAGUCUCCAUUGGACAAUCCCUUCGCAAUCACCAUGAUUGGCAGCCCCACUCACCAGGCCUCUUUAGCAGCGGCAGCGGUUGCAUCAGCCCAUGGCAGCGCUGUCAGCAGUAAGCCCUCCACUGCCCACCCCCUCUGCUGCCCACCCCUCUGCUGCCCACCCCUCUGCUGCCCACUCUGUUGCUGCCCACUCUGUUGCUGCCCACUCUGUUGCUGCCCACUCUGUUGCUGCCCACCCCUCUGCUGCCCACUCUGUUGCUGCCCACUCUGUUGCUGCCCACUCUGUUGCUGCCCACCCCUCUGCUGCCCACUCUGUUGCUGCCCACCCCUCUGCUGCCCACCCUCUGCUGCCCACUCUGUUGCUGCCCACCCCUCUGCUGCCCACCCCUCUGCUGCCCACUCCUCUGCUACACACCCCUCUGCUGCCCACUCUAUUGCUGCCCACCCCUCCAGUGCCCCCCUGCCCAAAGCCCCCAGCGCCCCGGCCACCAACCCCUCCCACCCCAAGAAGGAGCUCCAGCACUGGGGCUCAGUGCACAACAACCCUUCCUUGGCGGUGUCCCCCCAGGGCCUUGGGGCCGGAGGGGCAGUGGGAGCCCAGAGCAGCCGAGGGGCGGUGAUGAGGAGCGGCGCCGCCAGCGGGCCGCCCGCUUUCACCUGCUGCCCACUCUGUUGCUGCCCACCCUCUGCUGCCCACUCUGUUGCUGCCCACUCUGUUGCUGCCCACCUGUUGCUGCCCACCCCUCUGCUGCCCACCCCUCUGCUGCCCACUCCUCUGCUGCCCACUCUGUUGCUGCCCACCUCUGCUGCCCACUCUAUUGCUGCCCACCCUCUGCUGCCCACCCCUCUGCUGCCCACCUCUGCUGCCCACCUCUGCUGCCCACCCUCUGCUGCCCACCCCUCUGCUGCCCACUCUGUUGCUGCCCACUCUGUUGCUGCCCACCUGUUGCUGCCCACCUCUGCUGCCCACCCCUCUGCUGCCCACUCUGUUGCUGCCCACCUCUGCUGCCCACUCUAUUGCUGCCCACCCUCUGCUGCCCACUCUGUUGCUGCCCACCUGUUGCUGCCCACCUCUGCUGCCCACCUGUUGCUGCCCACCCCUCUGCUGCCCACCUGUUGCUGCCCACCUGUUGCUGCCCACUCUGUUGCUGCCCACCCCUCUGCUGCCCACCCCUCUGCUGCCCACCUGUUGCUGCCCACCUCUGCUGCCCACCUCUGCUGCCCACUCUAUUGCUGCCCACCCUCUGCUGCCCACCUGUUGCUGCCCACCUCAUUCUGGGCGCUGGGAGGACCAACCUUCUUCAGACAGGACCAGGACUGCCUGGACAUGAGCCCUCGGCUGACCCGCAGCCGCGUCCCCCACACAGCUUCCCAGCACAGUUUCAGACAGGACAGCUCUGAGCUGUUGGUGGCGGCCCCUCCUCAUCGCGUCCGAUCCAAGAGGAACUCUGGCCAGCUGGGAGGGUGUGAGCGUUCCAGGUCGCUGUGCUCCUCGCCCCUCCCGGACCCCAGCCCCACCCUCACCUCCUCCUCUUCCUCCAGCCCCAGCGAAUGGGGGGGCCAGACCAGGGCACCCAGCCCCGCCAGAGUUGGUCUGUCCCGGGGGCCCAGUCCCAUCUCCGUCAGCACUCAGGAGGCCUGGCCAGUCGCCACCGCCAUCACCGAAUACAUCAAUGCCUACUUCAAAGGAGGACAGCACAACCGUUGUCUGGUGAAGAUCACAGGGGACCUGACCAUGUCCUUCCCAGCUGGGAUAACGCGCGUGUUCACUGCCAACCCAAACGCUCCCAUCCUGAGCUUCCGCCUGCUCAACGUCUCACGGCUUGACCACUUCCUGCCCAACCAGAAGCUUCUCUACAAUGACCCAUCCCAGAGUGACCCGGACUUCAGGGACUUCUGGUUCAACAUGCAGGCCUUGACCUUUCACCUGCAGAGGGAGGCGGAGCUUAACCCACAGGCCUCCUACUACAACGUGGGCCUGCUCAAGUAUCAGGUGUCGUCUCAGGACCCUGGCCGCGCCCCGCUGCUCCUGUCGGCUGAGUGCCAGCGCAGCGGCUCGGUCACCCGCAUCUCCCUGGACUACCACUGCUGCCCGGCAACCGCCCCCUCCACCCAGCUCACGGCCGUGCAGGUGCUGCUGCCCCUGGACCACACGGCCACCGACCUGCAGUGCCAACCGGCCGCCACCUGGAAUGCCGAGGAGAGACGUCUGCUGUGGAAGUUGCCCAACCUCUCCCCAACCAACCACAGCAAAGGCUCUGGCACGCUGUGUGCCAGUUGGCAAUGCCUGGUGGCGCCUCGCGGCCCUCCUCCCAGCCUGGCGGUGCAGUUUGUGGGCUGUGAGGCGUCGCUGUCAGGCCUGGAUCUGGAGCUGCUGGGCACCCAGUACCGCAUGUCUCUGGUGAAGAAGAGAUUCGCCACAGGGAAGUACAUGGCGGGCUGCUCUUUGUGACGUGGAGGCGCGGGGACCUGCUAGAUUGCCGGGG